GGGGGCGUUGCCGCGCGCGCGCCGUGUCAGCAAGGCCCUAUAUACCCGUGUCAGUCUGUGAUUCGCAUUUUCUAGACAAGUUUAAGGAUUUCGAGGCCUCGUCAUUGUUAAACACCUAAGGUCGCGCCAUGAGUGACGCGGACGGAGGCGCGGCCGGCGGCUCCGGCAGCCUGGGCAUGCUGUUCCUGCGCCGCACGGCCGCCAUCCUGGGUAUCUACGCGGUCGGCUACCUGGAGCUGUCGCCCGCCUGGCUGGUCGGCGGCAUCAUCCUCUCCGUGAUGAGGGAGAAGUGGAGCCGCCAGAAGAAGACCAAGCGCGAACUGGCGCGCGCCAUCGCGCUCAACAGCGAGCAGGUCACUCUGGCCAAACUGCAGGACCUGCCCUCCUGGGUUCACUUCCCUGAUGUAGAAAGAGCAGAGUGGCUGAACAAGAUGCUGAAACAAAUGUGGCCAUAUGUGGGCGACUACGUCAAGAACUUGCUGAAGACGCAGUUCGAAGCCAGCUUGGCGGCCACCAUGUCCGGCUACAAACUCUACAACUUCAAGUUCGAGAAAAUAUAUCUCGGUGAUAUCCCGCCCCGGGUCGGUGGAGUGAAGGUGUAUUCGGAUAACGUUCAGCGCUCCGAGAUCAUCAUGGAUCUGGAGAUCUUUUACGCGGGCGAUUCGCGCAUCGAGUGCAGCUUCAGUCGCAUGACGGCGGGCAUCAAAGACUUCCAGCUGCACGGCGUAAUGCGUAUCGUGUACAAGCCGCUCAUCAGCUCGAUCCCCAUUAUCGGCGGCAUGCAGCUCUUCUUCCUCAACAACCCCGACAUCGACUUCAACAUGCUCGGCGUAGCUGACGUGCUCGACAUGCCCGGCCUCAGCGGCAUCCUGCGCAAUGUGAUUGUGGACACGAUAGCCGCUAUGAUGGUGCUGCCCAACAAGUGGCCCAUCAUCCUGUCGGACCAGGUGCCGACCAAGAUGGUGACCGCCUCACAGCCAAAGGGCGUGCUCCGUCUGCGACUCAUCGAGGGCAAGGACCUGAUGAAGAAGGACCGCAACAUCUUCGGCCAGGGCAAGUCCGAUCCUUAUGCCAUCAUCUACAUCGGCGCCAAGCAGUUCAAGACCAAGUACAUCCAGGAUACUGUGGACCCCGUCUGGAACUAUGUUUGUGAGGGCGACUGCGACUCCCACUUCCGAGUGCAGAUCACCCUGUACGACUACGACCGGGGCCGCACCGACGAGCCGCUCGGAGGGUGCGGUCUGGAUGUGGCAGACAUCGCCAAGGCUGGAUCCCAGGACCUGUGGGUGCCCCUGGAGCAGGCCCGGAGUGGCAGGAUUCACCUGAAGCUCGACUGGCUCAGUCUGUCGACAAACGUGGCUGAUAUCAAAAAGCAACUGAACGAGAUUGAGGACCUGUCUGCGUUCGACCACUCCGGCCUGCACUCGGCAGUGCUGACCGUGUUCGUCGACUCGGCCAAAAAACUGCCGAUGGCGUCGCGGGCGGUGGAGCCGGACCCGCUGGUGCGUCUGGUGCUGGGCAACCAGAAGGAGGCCACCUCGUGCAAGUACCGCACACUGGACCCCGUCUGGGAGGAGGGCUUCAGCUUCCUCGUCAAGAACCCGCUCACACAGACCAUGACUCUGGAGGUGGAGGACCAGAGCUCGGGUAAGUCUCUGGGCUCGAUGCAGCUCGAGCUGAAGUCGCUGCUCCGAGAGGCGGAUCUGUCUGUGACCGAGCAGCCGCACACGCUGUACAACUCGGGCCCGCAGUCCAAGGUGGUGCUCUCCAUUCAGCUGAGGAUUUUGACCCACGACAAGGUGGCACCCGAGGACCUCGAGGGAAAGAUACCGUCAGCGAUGCCGCUGCGUCCGGUGGCUCCGGCCCCGCCGCCGGCCGCCAAACCAGACACUGACGCGGCCUCCGGUAAGACUGCCGACCCCGCCCAGCCGACUGCCGUGCCUGACCCGACCCCGGCCGUGCCCAAACCGGCCGCCAAGACGGAUGACGUGCCACCGUCGCCGCCCAGCCCCGUCAAAAAGGAGACCAAGAAGAGGGAGUCCAAGGUGGAGCCCGUGCCGGCUGAGACCCGCGAGGAAGUAGAGACACUGCUGCAGGACCUGUCCACCGACUCGCCGGUCACAGAGACGUCCGGACUGAGGCAGCGCAAACCGGAAAAUCCUGCGGGUGCGGACCGUCUGGGUCGGAUCCAGCUGACCCUGCGGUACAGUACCACCCGCGGACGGCUCGUCAUCACCGUGCACAAAGUGGCGAACCUACCCAUGCAGGGUGACGACAUCCCUGAUCCGUACGUCAAGACGUACUUGCUGCCGGACAAAUCGGAGAGCAACAAACGGAAGACUCAGACAUUCAAGGACAACUGCAAUCCCGUCUACGAUGAAACCCUGGAGUAUGACGGCUCUCUGAACGAGACCCGCAUCCGCACACUGGAGGUGCUCGUCGUCAGCAAGAAGUCGUUCGCGCGAAACCCCGUGCUCGGAAUGAAACACAUUGACCUGCGCGGAGUGAACCUGGAGGUGGGAACCACCGAGUGGUUCGACCUGGAGCCGGAGGAGCGAUUCGACUCCUCGGAAGACCAGACAGAGUACGACCCGUACAGCUCGAUCGGCUCUAAGGGCAGGGCGUCGCCGCCCAGUCCCGUCAGAAAGGACUCGAAGCGGGAGAAGAAGGUGGAGGUGGUCCCCGCACAGGACCGGGAGGAUGUGAACGCUCUCAUCCGGGAGCUGUCCUCCGACCGACCGACCUCCGAAGCCCCGGCGCCCGCCGAAAAGUCGGCCGGGGCGGACGGUCUGGGUCGCGUGCAGCUGACUCUCCGCUACAGCGACACCAGAGAGGCGGUACUGGUCACCGUACACCGGGCGGCGAACCUGCCUAUGCAGGGUGACGACAUCCCCGAUCCGUACGUCAAGACGUAUCUGCUGCCGGAUAGGUCGGAGAAGAACAAACGGAAAACGGAGAAACUGACGGACAACUGUGACCCGGUAUAUGAGGAGACGUUUGAAUACAAAGGUCCUCUGAGCGAGUCCCAGCUCCGUACACUGGAGGUGCUCGUCGUCAGCAAGAAAACGUUCGCCAGAAACCCCGUCAUCGGAAUGAAACACAUUGACCUGCGCGGAGUGGACCUGGAGACGGGAACCACCGAGUGGUUCGACCUGGAGCCGGAGGAGCGAUUCGACUCCUCGCACCCGAAGCCGGCGGCAGUGCCGGAGCCGAAACCCGCGGCAGUGCCGACAGCACCGGAGCCGGAGAAACAGGAGCCUCCCCAGCCGGCAGCCGAGCCAAUCCCGGCUGAGACCCUGGUCAGUGACAAGCAGCCCUCUGAUGUGACGUCACCCGGUACCCAGCCGGCUGAAACGCCUCAGAAGACCGAGUCGACCAGCUCUGCCGGGGCCGAUGGUCUGGGGAGGGUUGAGCUCACACUUCGUCACAGUCGUUCCAAGGACGCCCUCGAGAUCACUGUACACCGGGUGGUGAACCUGCCUAUGCAGGGUGACGACAUCCCCGAUCCGUACGUCAAGACCUACCUGCUGCCGGAUAGAUCGGAGAGCAACAAACGAAAGACGAAGAAACUGACGGACAACUGUGACCCGGUGUAUGAGGAGACGUUUGAAUACAAAGGUCCGCUGAGCGAGGCCCAGCUCCGUACACUGGAGGUGCUCGUCGUCAGCAAGAAAACGUUCGCCAGAAACCCCGUCAUCGGAAUGCAACACAUUGACCUGCGCGGAGUAAACCUGGAGGCGGGAACCACCGAGUGGUUCGACCUGGAGCCGGAGGAGCGGUUCGACUCCUCACACCCGAAACCCGCGGCAGUGCCGGAGCCGAAACCUACGGCAGUGCCGGAGCCGAAGCCCAGCUCGGAGAAACAGGAGCCUCCCCAGUCCGCAGCCGAGCCAACCCCGGCUGAGACCCCGGCCAGCGACAAGCAGCCCUCUGAUGUGACGUCACCCGGUACCCAGCCCGCUGAAACUCCUCAGAAGACCGAGCCGACGAACUCUGCCGGGGCCGAUGGUCUGGGGAGGGUUGAGCUCACACUUCGUCACAGUCGUUCCAAGGAAGCCCUCGAGAUCACCGUACACAGGGUGGUGAACCUACCUAUGCAGGGUGACGACAUCCCCGAUCCUUACGUCAAGACUUACUUGCUGCCGGAUAGGUCGGAGAAGAAUAACGCAAAACAAAGAAACUAACGGACAAUUUUGACCCGGUGUAUGAGGAGACGUUUGAAUACAAAGGUCCGCUGAGCGAGACCCAGCUCCGUACACUGGAGGUGCUCGUCGUCAGCAAGAAAACGUUCGCCAGAAACCCCGUCAUCGGAAUG